AUGGGUGAUUGGAGUUUCCUGGGGAACAUCUUGGAGGAGGUGAAUGAGCACUCCACCGUCAUCGGCAGGGUCUGGCUCACUGUCCUCUUCAUCUUCCGGAUCCUCAUCCUGGGCACGGCGGCAGAAUUUGUGUGGGGAGACGAGCAGUCGGACUUCGUAUGUAACACCCAACAACCAGGUUGUGAGAAUGUCUGCUAUGACGAGGCUUUCCCCAUCUCCCACAUCCGCCUCUGGGUGUUACAGAUCAUCUUCGUUUCCACCCCAUCCCUAGUGUACGUGGGCCAUGCUGUGCAUCACGUCCGGAUGGAAGAAAAGCGGAAGGAGAGGGAAGCUGAGGAGAUGUGCCAGCAGUCUGGGGGCAAUGGGGAGAGGCUACCGUUGGCCCUGGAUCAAGGCAGUACCAAGAAGAGCAGUAACAGUACCAAGGGCACCAAAAAGUUCCGGCUGGAAGGGACCCUCUUGAGGACCUACAUCUGCCACAUCAUCUUUAAGACUCUCUUUGAGGUGGGCUUCAUCGUGGGACAUUACUUCUUGUACGGUUUCCGAAUCCUGCCCUUGUAUCAGUGUAGCCGAUGGCCCUGCCCCAACGUGGUGGACUGCUUCGUGUCAAGACCCACCGAGAAAACCAUUUUCAUCCUUUUCAUGCUGUCUGUGGCCUCCGUAUCCCUCUUCCUCAACAUCAUGGAAAUCAGCCACCUGGGCAUGAAGAGAAUCCGAUCUGCUUUCAACAGGCCCGCUGAACAACCCCUGGGGGAAAUCCCUGAGAAAUCCCUCCACUCCAUCGCUGUCUCCUCCAUCCAAAAGGCCAAGGGCUACCAGCUCCUAGAAGAAGAGAAAAUCGUGUCCCACUAUUUCCCCCUGACUGAGGUCGGGGUGGUGGAGACAAGACCUCUUGCUGCUACCCCUUUCAGCCGUUUCGAAGAAAAGAUUGGCACUGGACCUCUGGGAGAUCUGUCCCGAGCUUACACGGAAACGCUCCCUUCCUAUGCUCAAGUGGGAGAACAAGAAGUAGAGGCAGAGCGCGAAGAGGAGGAGGCAAAGGCGCCGCCAGAGGAGGAAGAGAAGAGGCAGGAACCGGAGGCAGUGACCCCGGAGGCGCCGGAGGCCACUGUGGGGCUGGAGGAAGAGGAGGAGAAGGAGAAGGCGGGGACCCCAAUAGAAAGGAAGGCAGGAGAUAAGCCAGAGCUGCCGGAGCUGCCAGUGGAGAAGGCGCCACUGUGCCCAGAGCUGGCAGCGGAUGACACCAGACCCCUCAGCCGGCUAAGCAAAGCCAGCAGCCGGGCAAGGUCGGAUGAUUUGACUGUAUGA